AUGCCUGCGGCAAUAGUUAUUGUUAAACAACACAAGGAGCAGCACCAACAGCACCAACAGCACCGACAGGACCAACAGGACCAAAAGGACCCACGGGCGGCGAAACAAAUUUGCAAUAUAAAUUUAUGCGGAUUUUUGCGUCGCAGCGGCGCCGACGACGUCGACGUCAUCGAACCGCGUAGUCCAGGCCAUGCUGCUGACGUCGACGUCGCCGCAGCAGCAGCAGCAACAACAGUGGCAGCAACAGCAGCAGCAACAUCAGUGGCAGCAACAGCAGCAGCAGCAACAACAAGGGCAGCGGCGACGACGCGAGCAGUUAUUAUAAUAAUGGCGUUAGUUGUUAGCAUAAUGCAGCAGCAACAACAAUCGCUACUCUGGCCAUUCUGUAACGGACUCGCUGCGGCGGCCGCCUCCACUGGGCAUGCGGAUGACUCCGGUGAUGGGCCAACGCUGUCGACAUUCCUGUCAUCAUCGCAGUCGCAGUCGCCCCCAGCAGCAUCAGCUUCAGCAUCAUCCCCAUCCAGUUUCUCAUCGUUUGCGGUGGCGCACGGGCCACAAACGGAAGCCACGAAUCACACUUUCAAGAGUUUAGCCUUCCUGGACGCGUCCUUUGGCUCCGAUCUGUUUGCGCAGACGGACGCAGAGAGGGAGCGGAGUGGCGGAGCGGAUGAGGAGUCGCAGGAUGCGGACACUUCGAAGUCGAUGCCAAUUUUCGACUUUGGCAUGCCGCGCAACAUCACCGGACGCACUGGCCACACGGAGGCCAUAAUUAAAUGCCGCGUGGACAGUCUGCAUGAUAAAUCGGUAUCCUGGAUACGGAAACGUGAUCUGCAUAUCCUGACUGUAGGCACUGCCACCUACACCUCGGACAAGCGCUUCCAGGUGACUGAAUCGAAGGACUCCCGGGAGUGGACGCUGCAUGUGAAGGCGCCGCUGGCCAAGGACAGCGGCAUCUACGAGUGCCAGGUGAACACGGAGCCCAAGAUGUCCAUGGCCUUCCAGCUGAACAUCAUCGAAAUCUCCCCGGAUGCCAAGGCGGUUAUCAGUGGGCCACCCGAUCUGCAUUUCAAGGCGGGCAGCGCCAUAAUCCUCAACUGCGUGGUGCAGCAGCCGUCGGUGAAGGACAUUGGGCCGAUUUACUGGUAUCGCGGCGAGCACAUGAUCACCCCCUUCGAUGCGGAUGAUGGACAGCCGGAGAUUCCGGCCGGCAGGGGCGAACAUCCCCAAGGGAUCCCCGAGGACACGUCCCCGAAUGACAUAAUGAGCGAGGUGGACCUGCAGAUGGAGUUCGCCACACGCAUCGCCAUGGAAUCGCAGCUGGGCGAUACCCUCAAGUCCAGGCUCCGCAUCUCGAAUGCCCAGACCACGGACACCGGCAACUACACGUGUCAGCCAACGACGGCCAGCAGCGCCAGUGUCCUGGUCCAUGUGAUUAAUGAUGAGAACCCCGCUGCGAUGCAGAAGAGCGGGGCGUGUCCUUGCGCCCCCGGUCCGCUCCAGCUGCUCCUCCAUCUGCUGCUGCUGCCGGAGUUGUUGUUGCUGCGAGCGGGACUGGCUGCUGGCAACUGAAAGCGCAAGUUGUUAGCACUCUAAUUGCAGCUGAACGAGGAAAUUAUGUUCCAUGACGUCGGAAUUUUUACUCUGUGUGCUGUGCUGUUUUUUUUUAGGAUUCUGCAGGGGGAGGGGCUGGAAGGGAAGGAGGAAAAUGGAAAAGGCAAACAAGGCGAGAGGCGCUUUCCCUUUCAGGCGAAUGUUUGUUUUCCUUUUAAUAUUUACAUUUCAUUGUGCAAAAUGAGACACUGAGCCGGGCACGAGAAUGCAAAAUGCAGAAUGUGAAAUGCACGGGCCGGAGGAGGGACAAGGCACAUGGCACAAAGGACAAAGGAAGGACGCAGGACACGGGACACGGGACACAGGACCAGAAGGACGACACUCUCUGUAAAUACCACAAAGAUGCGGCCCCGCUCACAGAUAUAGUUACAGAUACAAAAGUGUGUAUUUUAUUUCAUUACUGCCGCUCCUUUAUAUCCCGAAAAGAAAGAUUGUAAUAUAUAUGAACAAAAACUCUCAUCUGAUCAACUAAAAGCAAAAACUUAAUUAUAAACACUAACUUGUGCGGAAUUUAUUUAUGGGCAAAAUGAAAUUUAGUCACGCGGCACUCGCCGUCGAAAUGGAAAUGAAAAUUGAAUAAAAUUAAUGUGAAUGCAAUAUGCGAAAUGCGGCAUGCUCGACUAAGUUUUGUGUUGCACAUGCGAGUAAAAGCAUGGGUAGGCAUGAAUUUACUACACCUAAGCCAGUAAGCAGAUUUUAGAUAAUUUAUGUGAUGAUAAAACCAAUAAAUAAAUAAAUCAAUGGAAUGAACUCUUUCAACAAUAAA